AUGAAAUUCAACAAGAGGAAGAAAUCCUUCAAGAUAAAGAAGAAAAAUUAUGGAGGUAGGAAAGAGGAGGGUUACAACUCCGAGAUAGAGUCGGACGACAUACUGUCCUCGGAGGCAUCAGAAAGUGGGAACCAGAGAACGAAACUGGGGAAGAAGAAAAAGCGCCACGUCACAUCGGUUGAGGGGGAAAUUACGGAUGGAGACGCAACAGAUGGUGAUGGAAGUGACCUCGAUGAAGACGGCACCAGUGGGGAUGAAAACGGAAACGCCUUCAAUAACCCGGAGGAGAGGAAAAUACACUUGGCCAAAAAGUACCUCAGAGAUAUGGGCAUACAGAGCAGCGAUGAUGACAAGUCUGAAAGUGAUUCCCCUGAGAACAGUGAUGAGGAAGACAAGUCGGAUUCCAAUUUUAGCGACAACCGUUCUUUCCACGGAAAUGACGAACAGAGGGAACAAAUCAGUAAAUUGAUGAUGCAAAGGGAGAGGCAAAAAAGUAGGAAGGCGCUCCUAAAUUUGGGAAAUAAAAUCAAAAUUGUGCAUGACGAGAAAUUGGCUUCUUCGAAGGGGUCAAUUUGCAUGAACCGUUCAGGUGAAAGUGAUCAAACAGGUCAAACUGGUCAAAACGGUCAAACUGACCUACCGGCAGAACGUGCCUUUUUCUUCCGCGGACACAAAAAGAGCGUCACGUGCGUUGCCUGCCCAGAUUUUAACCUUUCCUUUUUUGACUACUAUGACUACGAUGUGGGAACUGCCCAGUGUGAUGAGCGGGACGCCUAUGCAGGGUACAACAGCGGGAAGUUUUACAAAGAGGACAAUCCCAGGAUCAGCCCCGAGGAAGGUGACCCCUUUGGAGACAACCCCCAACAUGCCAUACAGCCGAAGGUGUUCCCCAAUGUUACCCUCAGCACGGCCUACACGGGGGGCAAAGACGCCUGCAUCAUCGAGUGGGAUUUAACCAGAGGAGAGAAGGUUCACAUUUAUAAAGGAAACCCCAGCGCCUUCCAAAAUUUCGGAAAGAGCAACGGAAUAAGCCAUUUCAAGAGCGUAAUGGAUUUAUAUUGUGACAAAUUUAAUUCUUUCUUCAUAUCUGUUGGGGCGGAUAAUUUAAUAAACACAUGGGAUAAUAGAGUGAAAAAAACGUGCACGCAUUCUGUAGUUGGACACAAAAAUAUCAUUAGCGCAAUUGUAGGAAGCAAUGAAAACACGGAUGAGUUAAACAUGGAAUACAACUUCUUCACGUCCUCCUACGAUAAAUCGAUUAAAUUAUGGGACUUGCGAUUUUUGGACAAAUGUAUUAAUACCUAUAUGGGACAUACCAACAACAUUUUAAGCAUGACUUCUUUAGCUCAGAAUAAAUUAAUUACCAGUUCGAGUGAUUAUACCCUCCGUUUUUGGAACCCCAAAAAUGACAAUCAUAUUUUGUUUAACUUAAAUUACGAAAUUGUGGAAUCCUGUUGUUCCCUUAACAACAGGGUCUUCAUCGCGGGGACGUUUUCAGGCCAUAUUUAUAUUUUUUCAUCUUCCUAUAAGAAGCCCAUUUGUAUUUGCAAAAAUGCACACAGUUCGUAUGCAGUGACGGCGGUUACUAGCAUCCCCUUCACGGAUAUUUUCAUUUCCGGGUCGUACGACGGUUACGUAAAUUUUUGGCAGUACAAAAGUGUUAGCAAAACGUCGGCUACUAUGCGGAAGAUCCUGGCCGUUCCGGUGAACGGCGCGGUGAGCAAAUUUUCCUUCUCCCCCAACUACGCGUAUCUGUUUGCCUCCGUUGGGGACGAGAUGAAGCAUGGCAAGUGGACACGCACAUGCAGCAAGAACGGGUUGGCCGUGAUUCCGCUGGGCUUUUUGCGCUAA